AUGUAUGACAACAUGUCCACAAUGGUGUACAUAAAGGAAGACAAGCUGGAGAAGCUGACGCAAGACGAGAUCAUUUCUAAGACCAAGCAGGUGAUCCAGGGGCUGGAGGCCCUCAAGAAUGAGCAUAACUCCAUCUUACAAAGUCUGCUGGAGACACUCAAGUGUUUGAAGAAGGACGAUGAGAGCAACCUGGUGGAGGAGAAAUCCAACAUGAUCCGGAAGUCGCUGGAGAUGCUGGAGCUCGGCCUGAGUGAGGCGCAGGUGAUGAUGGCUCUGUCCAAUCACCUGAACGCCGUGGAGUCGGAGAAGCAGAAGCUGCGUGCCCAGGUGCGCCGUCUGUGCCAGGAGAACCAGUGGCUGCGGGAUGAGCUGGCCAACACGCAGCAGAAGCUGCAGAAGAGUGAGCAGUCCGUGGCCCAGCUGGAGGAAGAGAAGAAGCAUCUGGAGUUCAUGAACCAGCUGAAGAAAUACGACGAUGACAUCUCUCCCUCCGAGGACAAAGACACUGAUUCUACCAAAGAGCCUCUGGACGACCUCUUCCCCAAUGACGAGGAUGAGCCCGGACAAGGCAUCCAGCAGCAGCACAGCAGUGCAGCGGCCGCGGCCCAGCAGGGCGGCUACGAGAUCCCCGCACGGCUGCGUACCCUGCACAACCUCGUCAUCCAGUACGCGUCACAGGGCCGCUACGAGGUUGCUGUGCCCCUCUGCAAGCAGGCCCUGGAGGACCUGGAGAAGACGUCUGGGCACGACCACCCGGACGUGGCCACCAUGCUGAACAUCCUGGCCCUGGUGUACAGGGAUCAGAAUAAAUACAAAGAUGCUGCCAAUCUUCUGAACGAUGCAUUGGCCAUCCGUGAGAAGACCCUGGGCAAAGACCACCCUGCGGUGGCGGCGACUCUCAAUAACCUUGCCGUGCUCUACGGUAAAAGAGGGAAGUACAAGGAGGCAGAGCCGCUGUGCAAGAGGGCUCUGGAGAUCAGAGAGAAGGUCCUAGGCAAGGACCACCCAGAUGUGGCAAAGCAGCUGAACAACCUGGCCUUGCUGUGCCAGAACCAGGGCAAGUACGAGGAGGUGGAGUAUUACUACCAGCGCGCCCUCGAGAUCUACCAGACCAAGCUGGGGCCUGACGACCCCAACGUGGCCAAGACAAAGAACAACCUGGCCUCCUGCUAUCUGAAGCAAGGGAAGUUCAAACAAGCAGAAACGCUAUACAAGGAGAUUCUCACGCGUGCACACGAGAGGGAGUUUGGUUCUGUAGACGAUGAGAAUAAACCCAUUUGGAUGCAUGCUGAAGAAAGAGAGGAGUGCAAAGGAAAGCAGAAGGAUGGGACGUCUUUUGGCGAGUACGGUGGCUGGUAUAAAGCUUGCAAAGUUGACAGUCCGACCGUCACGACCACUUUAAAAAACCUCGGUGCUCUCUACCGACGCCAGGGCAAGUUUGAGGCUGCAGAGACCUUGGAGGAAGCUGCUAUGAGGUCACGUAAACAGGGUCUUGACACUGCACACAAGCAGAGAGUGGCCGAAGUGCUCAAUGACCCUGAGAGCUCAGAGAAGCGGCGCAGCCGGGAGAGCCUCAGUGCGGACGUGGUCAAGUACGAGAGCGGCCCCGACGGCGGCGAGGAAGUGAGUAUGAGCGUAGAGUGGAACGGGGACGGCUCUGGAUCUUUAAAGCGCAGUGGUUCCUUUAGCAAGCUCCGGGCUUCCAUUAGACGCAGCAGCGAGAAGCUGGUUAGGAAACUGAAGGGAGGAAGCUCGCGGGAGAGUGAGCCCAAGAACCCUGGCCUGAAGCGUGCCAGUUCUCUGAAUGUCCUUAACGUGGGUGGCAAGGCAGCUGAAGACCACUUCCAAGAACGAAACACCGGUCUGGCCGACUCGCGAGCUCUGAGUGCCAGCCACACUGACCUGGCCCGCUGAG